AUGGAGGAGGUGAUGGAGGAGGUGAUGGGGGAGGUGAUGGAGGAGGUGAUGGGGGAGGUGAUGGAGGAGGUGAUAAGGGAGGUGAUGGAGGAGGUGAUGGAAGAGGUGAUGGAGGAGGUGAUGGGGGAGGUGAUGGAGGAGGUGAUGGAGGAGGUGAUGGAGGAGGUGAUGGAGGAGGUGAUGGAGGAGCUCGUCCCUGCAGGCGCCCGGUCUCCAGAGCCCGGUCUCCAGAACCCGGUCUCCAGAGCCCGGUCUCCAGAACCCAGGCAGAUGUGCAGCCCUCCACCGCACGCCUUUUAA